AUGGCUUUGCUUCGCGCCUCGCUGAUUGCAUUCCUGCUUGCCGUCAGUGCUGCUGCAGACGGUGCCAAUGGGACGGCAGCGACAGACUCCAAGACAGAGCCGAUCAACGCCACGAGUGCCACGAAGGCAUCCACCGCUGGACUGAAGGUCAAGCGAGGAGGCCAGGAGCAAGGCCCGGAUGUUGUCCGGAUCCUGCACAUCAGCGACACGCACAGCCUCCAUCGAAGCACCGGGAACAUGCCGGAUGCCGACAUUCUGAUCCAUUCCGGGGAUGUGGCCAAGGUGGGCUCAGAGAGCGAGCUGGGCGAUUUCAACGACUGGCUUGGCAGCCUUAAGGGCAAGUACAAGCACAUCCUGGUCAUUUCUGGAAACCACGACUUCUGGGACACCAACUGGAGGCUGAACCGCGGACACAUCUCCAACGAUGUCGUGCAGGAUCCCGCCUACUUCCAGUACAGGAUCACGAAUGCCCGAGUCCUCAAUCACGAUCUUGCCGAGGUCAUGGGCCUGAAGAUCUGGGGCGCCGGAUGGCACGCCCGAAGGGGAGAUUCCCGAUCCGGCAACAAUUAUGCCGACAUCCCCGAAGGUGUUGACAUCGUCGUCACCCACGAGGCCCCGUUUGGAAUCUUCGACAUGACGGGCGGCGGGCACUGGGGCUCCAGCGGGGAGCUGCUCGAUGCCAUCUACCGCACGAAGCCGAAGGUGCAUCUCUCCGGGCACAUCCACGAGCAGCGCGGGCAUUGGGACAAGGCGGACUUCGCUGCUCGCAAUAGCAAAGCGUGGAGCCAGUACAAGGGCGGCGUGGAGUACAGGCACGUGCAUAGCGAGCUGGGCGAGUCCAAGAGUGAAGUCGCCAGCCCACAGCGUUCCCACAGCGAAGGGGCCUUGUCCCUUGAUCACCCAGAUUCCGUGCCACGGAGAAUUCAGUGGGCAUCUGCUUUUGACCGGGCAUGCCAGCAUGCCAAAGCCGACACUCAUCCGACCGGCUGCCAGGGGCUCUUCCACGACUGGAGGUACCGUGUUGCGAUCCUGGAGCAUGCAAAGCAAACCGGUUGCAAUGACAGCCAGGCCAUGAUGGAUGCUUUGCUCAUGCGGCAUGCGAAGAAGUCCGAUUUUCCGGCGAUGCCCUUCGGAUACAACGAGGCCGUGCCCCGGAUUUGUCCGAGCUAUGGGUCUCUGGCUGAUCGCCGUGCUUCCCGUCGCCGCGCCAUUCAGGGUUCAACCCUGGGUCCCAGAAUGGGAACGACAGAUCUCUCGAUCUCGGACCGAGAGCGCGGCAUGCCCGGUCGGCCUUUAACUUCGUCAGCGCGGCUCAACGACUGCAUCUUCACGGCUUCCGUAUUGCAGUUGGCCGCCUGUGCGGAAGACAAGCGAACUCGACAAGGGGGCUUUUGGAUCGGAGUCCGCAGCCUGGUAACAGUGUUCACGCCAGGGCCGUUCCUGUUCUGUGACGGUGCGAGCAGGAUGGAGGUUGCGACUUGGCAACCUCCAUCCUGCUCGCACCGUCCCGCGGUGGGUGUCCGCCUGCAGGCAUUUCCCAGCUCCACGCCUUUAAUCGAAGCGCUUCGGUCCAAUGCGAUUGACAAGAGCUUGUCGCCGCUGGUGGUGGACGUUCUUGGGGCAGAGGAUGUGGUGCCACUGGCGGUCUUGGCCGUCAUGGCGAUGCUAAACUUUCAGAAGUUGAGUGGCCUUCUGCUCCUAAACCUCGUCUUCUGCUGCAUGAAGAUCGCAGGCAUCUCGGCCAUCCGGUGGCUCCUCUUGAAGUUCCGUUUGUACACACUCGAUCCGUCUGCCGUCGCGAUCUUGGUCCGAAGUGAAGAGGGUCGGACACCUUUGGCGCGUCACCAGAAUCUCCGUGUCCCGAGCCCGGCAGCGCACCUCUUUUUAAUGUGCGCUGCCGGGCUCGGGGAAACGGAGAUUCUGGCAUUGCUUCUGAACAGAGGCACAGACAAGGCGAAAGAAUGGGGCAUUGAAUGGGGUCAGACUCCGCUCCACUUGGCCGCAGCCAACGGACAGUUGCAGUCAGAUGCCGCUCCACCGCAGCCAGCGCCCACGCCCCUGUGCAUGGACUUGCUGCUGAAGGUUGUGCGGUUCAGGCUCGUUGUGAUGGAGCGCUUCAUGAGGGCCGUGCCCUUUUGGCCGCCAUUGCAGGAGAAGGAGAAUCUGCCCACGGCCGAGUUGGAGGAAAUCGCGCAGGGGCUGAAGUUCCAGGGCCCCUCGCUUCAAGAGAUUGCCAGCGAUGAGGAGUGGCCAAAGCUCUGUCACACUCUCCGCCAACCGCUGCCCAUCUCCUUCCGCUUCACGGCACAGGUGUCCAACGUCGCAGAAGCGGAGUUUCGCGAGUUCUUGGAGGAGCUGAAAAACGGCUGUCACACGGCUCGGGGGCGAUUUGUGCCAGCACCGCACAUCUUUGACUUUGCCAAGGUAGUGUCGCUGGGCUGUGACGACCGGACUUUAAAGCAGGAGCAGCGAGAGGCGCCCGACGCGCCUUUGGCGAGACUCGGCCGCUGGUUGAGUCGCCGGGCACCUGAGGGCCUGGUCUCGAGGCAGGAAGUCGUCUCUGCCGUGCCCGUGGCUCUCUUGGGAGUAGAGCCCGGACAUGCUGUGCUGGACGUUUGCGCGGCUCCGGGGUCGAAGACGCUGCAGGCCAUUGAGAAGGUGUGCCCUGCUGGUGACGACACCGCGGGUGCAGUGAUUGCCAACGAGCUGAGUGCGAUGCGCGCACGAGUUCUUGCGAGGAGGUGUGCCCUCCUUGGUGCAGCCGCGGGUGCCGUGGCGGUGGUGCAGCACAAGGCGCAGGUCUUCCCAGGUCCUGGUCUCUUCGAUCGUAUCAUUUGCGAUGUGCCCUGCAGCGGGGAUGGUACCAUGCGAAAACAUCCUGAAAAGUGGCGGUCCUGGAGCCCUCACCUUGGUCGGGAGCUCCAUGCCCGGCAGCUCCAGAUUGCUCUCCGCGGACUGGCGCUCCUGCAGGUGGGCGGCCAGAUGACGUACAGCACCUGCUCCUUCAACCCGCUGGAGAACGAGGCCGUGGUGGCCAGCCUCCUUUGUCGGACGGGCGGUGCCGUCGUUCUGAAGCGGCCGCCUGCGCUGGAAGGGUUGCCCGUGCGGCCAGGGCUGCAGCACUGGGAGGUCGUGGAUGAAGCCGCCGGGCGGCUCGCCAGCUACCAGGACAUCAAGCGGCUGCCGGCCUGUCUCCGCCGCCGGUACCGCUCUUCGAUGUGGCCGCCGGUUGGCGUGAAGGAUCUGAAGCUGCAGCGCUGUGUGCGUUGCGUUCCGUUCCUUGCGAACACCGGCGGCUUCUUCGUGGCGCUUUUGGCCAAAGUGCGAGAAUGGCCGUCUGUGCCUGCUACGCAGGUUGAGGUGGGCGAGAGCCACAUUGCCAAACCUCUGCAGCUGUCGAAGGUCUUGCCUGAGGCGCUGGCCCACAGCACGGGGGUGCCAUCUCUGGAAAACGGCUUCCUUCUUUCGAGAGGGAGACGGAAGCUCUUCUACUGCAGUCCCGGAUUGGACGGGAUUCUCCGAGCGUCCAGGCGCAAAGCUUUGUCUCUGGUCGCUGCCGGCACGUGUAUGGCUCUGGCGCGGGAUAGUGGAUGGCAGCUGACCCCUUCAGGCCUGGACAUCUUCAACCGGAUGUCUGGGCGCAAGGCAGAGGCCAAUGCUCGCGCCGCGCAGAAACACUUCGAGUCCCACCGGUGCACGACGUGCGAUGCGCUGCGGCCGGCCAGUGCCUUCUCUAGGAAGAUGCUGACUCGUCCGCCCAGUAAGCGCAAGUCCCCUGCGAAGCAACCUGACAUGGCGGGUGCCGGUGACUACCCUGUCGAAGGAGAGAUCGAGACCCCUCAGUCCAGUCGCUCACCGCACUCGGCUCCCCGAGCGGCGCGCCUGGCAGGGUGUUUGGGAGUUUCGAUUUUGCGCGCUGCGUUGCGCCUGCUUGCCCUCCAGGGCACUUGGGGGAAGCACUGA